AUGCCAAGUCUCUCCUCGAAGCUCAAAGUAUCUCUCGAGGUUGCGCUAGCCCUCUUCGCAAUUGCAACGGCAUCAGCGAAUACUACUGACACUACGGACGAUGCUCCUCAACAACCAACGAUAGUCGACUACACCACCUCGGAAGCCGGCAACCCUUUUGUAGAUGGCUGGUAUGCGGAUCCGGACACAGCUAUCUACCAGGGCCUUUAUUGGGUUUUUCCAACUUCGUCCUACCCAUAUGAGGAACAAACAUACCUCGACGCCUUCUCCAGCCCCGACCUAGUUCACUGGACCAAGUAUCCUAAUAUUCUGACCACACAGGAUGUCACGUGGGCGAAGAAAGCCGUAUGGGCUCCUGCCCCAGCCUUUAGAAACGGAAAGUACUACAUCUACUUUGGCGCCAACGACAUCCAAGAAGGCGAGCCGGAGCAGGGCGUGAUCGGAGGUAUUGGCGUCGCCGUCGCGGACAGCCCUCAGGGGCCGUACGUUGAUGCCAUCGGCAAACCACUGAUCGGCACCUACAACAACAGCGCUCAGCCGAUUGACCAAGAUGUAUUCAUUGACGAUGAUGGCCAAGCAUACAUCUACUACGGAGGGCACGGUCACGCGAACGUAGCGAAGUUGAAAGAAGACAUGAUUUCCUUCGACACGUUCGAAGACGGCACGACGUUCAAGGAGAUCACGCCCAACAAUUACGUUGAAGGACCACAGAUGUUGAAGCGAAACGGCAAGUACUACCUCAUGUGGUCAGAAGGCGGCUGGACCGGCCCAGACUACGCGGUAUCCUAUGCCAUGGCAGAUUCUCCGUUGGGGCCAUUCUACCAGGUGGAUGGAACGAGAAUCUUGCAGCAAGAUGCGGCUGUCGCCAAGGGCAGCGGCCACAACGGAGUCAUCCACGUUCCAGGAACGGACAUUUACUACAUCGUCUACCAUCGCCGGCCCUUGAGCGAAGACGCUGGCGAGCAUCGCGUCUUGUGCUACGACCGUAUGUACUUCAGCGAAGACGGUUCCAUCCAGCCCGUCAAGAUGCUAGUCAAAGACAACUUCGACGAUGGCGAUAUGGUCGGGUGGAAGACCUACGGUGGAGAGUUAGACCCGCAUGUAGUCGACAACAAGCUUGAAGUGAAGAGCGACACAGAAGAUGGCAUCAUUGUCGCCUUGGACGCUAAUUUCACAGUCCAGACAUACGAUGCGACAAUAAUUCUCUCGGACAGUAGCAACGAUGUUACGACUAGCGCUGGGUUGGUUUUCAGAGUCACUGAUGUUACUUCUGGACCUUCUGGUGCGAAGGGCUACUAUGCGGGGCUAUCGACCGCUGGCAGGGUGCUUAUCACGAUACUCGGCGGCGACGGUACGACUGUCUUUGUCGAAGGCGUAGAUAUCAAAGCAGGGAUCGAGUAUCAUGUCAGGGUUUCGGCAACCGAGGACGGCGUCAAUGUCUUCGUGGAUGACUUUGAGUCGCCCGUGUUGGUGCUAAGCGACACGACAUACACCCAAGGAACGAAUGGCGUGGCUGUAUUUAACACCGAGGCGAAGUUUGAUAACGUUACGAUUGCGGAGGCUACUUGA